CUGUUUCUUCCUCUCCACCAGAUUCCCUCGUCCCCCGCCGCCGCCGCCGCCGCCCCCGCACACCGGCGACCUCGCUCCGGGCCCGGCCCUCUCCCCCAGCGCAGCCGCCCCCCACCCCACCCACCCCCUCCUCCUCCCCUCACCUUCUCUCCCAGAUCGAGCAGCAGGUCAGGCGGCGGCCAGAUCCGCCACGGCGCUUCAGGAUCCGCGCCGUCGUCACGCGAAGGAGGCCGGCCGCUUCUCUCCAGUCGCUCGCGCGCCAGGAGAGGAGGAGGCGGCGGCCACCGCUUCCUUUCUCGGACUGACGCCGCUCUUCCGCGUGAGGAGAGAGCUCGCUGCGGCUCAGCUGCUCCGACCCUAGCGUCGACGCCAUGGGCCUCAUCAACAAGGAGAACUUACCCCUGGAGGAGGCAUCCGAGAACCUGAGAUAAAUCUUCGGGCCCAACAAGCAAACCCCAGGAGAAGGAGAUUAGAUUCAUCAUGCUAGCAUGCUGCUACGGACGAGAGUACUACGAACGUUCGCCUCAACAUGAGGAUUUGCUGGUGACCUGACUUGCCGGCGCCACAACGGAUGAUGAGUUGAUUGCCUAGGGUUGAAGAGGCGCUAGGUUUGGGUGGAGGCAUGGAGCGAUGUAGGUAGCUAUGGCCGAUCACCAGGCAUGAGGAAUGGAAGGGGGUGACGAGACCUCGGCGGUGGAGGCGGAGCUGGGGCUGAGCCCUCAGAUCUUCAUCAAUGAGGUCCUCAACAUGGUUGAUGAUGUCCGCUUCCAGGCCUUUGAGUACUGCCUCCAGGAAGGCGCCCCCGCGGCCGUUGGCGCCGCCACAGCGACCAAUAAGGCCGAGGAGCUGGAAUGGGGAGUAAAUGCAAUUUGCAACUUGGUAACGGAUGUAUUGAACAAAAGAAUGAACAAUUGGGAGAUGUAUUGCCUUCGGAAAUGUUUAACUGUACCUGAAGGAUUUGUGGCGCCUGAAGAUGAUAAUUCUUCUGCAAUGGUGUUGCAUAAAGAUGGGAAUUCUGAUUCGGAACUGGAUGCAGAACUUAAUUUUUUGAGAAAAAAGUUGGCAGUUGCUAACAUGGAAUCUGAAGAACUUAGAAGAGAAAUUACUUACUUGGAAAGGCAAGCUACAUACAAGAGUAACCUUAAUUCCUCUAUCGCUGAAGUACUGAAGUUGUAUGAAGACAAAUCUGUUCAGGAGAAUAUUCAAGCUUUUGCGAACGUAAUACCAAAAUUGCACCAGAAAAUGAAGGUUAUGAAAAGGAAAAAGGUUGAGGUUGAGCCCAUGGUGGGUCAAAAUGUUUGCAAUGUCAAUUGCCUCAGAGACCAGAAGCGAUUAGCACCGGCCACGGGUAAGGGCUCUACUCCUAGCACCGAGGACGUUCGAGAGGUGAACGCGUCCGUGAAAGGCUUGCGGAAGGAGUAACUUGUGUUGUGGGCGGUUGCAGUAAUCUGUGUACUACCAAGUACGCUGUAAUCUUGCCAAGCUACCGUCUUGCUAGCUACCUGAGAACUGCAGUUUUAUCAGAACAGCCGCAUGUACUACAUGUAUGCAGAUGUCAACUAGUAGGUAGAUAGAACAACUCGAAAUACCAGUAGCACUCUCCAGUCUCCAGAAUUCUGCAAGACCUAUGUACAGUGCUUGACCCCAUCCUUCUUGCCAUUUGUUGACCCGGGACGCAAUUUCGACAAACAAAUACUGUAAAAAAAAUCUGUAACAAACUCUCCCUGGGUCUAUUCCUGUUUGUUAGUAGGGCAAUAGUUUCACCCGCUGGGAUUCAGUGGAUUGGUGUAAUUGGUUCAGAUACACUCGAUUACAAGCACAUUUGUGCCGAAUUGGAGAACAUGAAAUAGGAGCAAGGGUUGAGAGCUAGGGAUUAGAUUCAUGUGCUUUUCUUGGA